AUCAAUUGAAUUGAAGUUACAUAGUCAUGGCGAUCAAAAUUUGUGUUCUGUUCAUUUUUCUAGCAUUGCUAGAAAAUGCGUACGGAUGGCGUGUAUUUUCGAAAGGGCAUCGAAGCGGUGGUAAUUUAAUUGCACCAUUUAAGAAUGUACCGCGCGAGCAACUUCCGCCCGAUCAGUGGUUCGACCAAAAACUCGAUCAUUUUUCACCAAACAACAAUGGACUUUGGAAACAGCGUUAUUUUACGAACGAUACAUUUUACAAAAAGGGAGGGCCAGUAUUUUUGAUGAUAGGCGGUGAAGGCGAAGCUGAACCAAUUUGGAUGGUCCAAGGUGCGUGGAUACAUUAUGCCCGUGAAAUGAAUGCUCUCUGUUUUCAAUUGGAACACCGAUUCUACGGAAAAAGUCGACCAACCAAAGAUUUAUCGAUUGAAAGCCUAAAGUAUCUAUCAUCAGAACAAGCGUUGGCCGAUUUGGCUGGAUUCAUUGAAGCCAAAAAUGCCGAAUAUAAGUUUGAUAAGGAUGUGAAAUGGAUUGCAUUUGGCGGAAGUUAUCCGGGUUCUCUGGCCGCAUGGCUUCGUGAAAAAUAUCCAAAUCUUGUAUAUGGUUCGGUCAGCACAAGUGGACCGUUACUUGCCAAAGCUGAUUUUUUCGAAUACUAUGACGUUGUAAAGAGUUCAUUGUCAACAUAUUCGGAGGCGUGCGUAACUGCCGUACAAAAAUCUAUUGAACAAGUUGAGAUCUUAUUGCGUCACAUGAUCGGCCAACGAAGUCUCAACACAAAAUUCAAGCUUUGUGACUCAAUCGAAGAAUCAGCCGAUAACAUAAUGGAUAUAUCGAAUUUCUUUGAGAGUCUCGCCUCCAAUUUUGCUGGUGUAGUGCAAUACAAUAAAGACAAUAGUCCGCAUGCAAAAAUUACCAUUGAUGACAUAUGUGGUUUGAUGGUCAAUACUUCGAUUGGAGCUCAAAUCGACCGCUUGGCUGCAGUUAAUACUUUGCUUCUCCAGCAAAGUAAUCAAACGUGUCUCGACUACAAGUAUGACAAAAUGAUUAAAUUGAUGCAGAACACAUCAUGGGAUAGCGAUGAAGCUAACGGAGGUAUUCAAUGGACUUACCAGACGUGCAAUGAAUUCGGAUUUUAUCAAACAUCCGAUAAGAAGGACCGAAUUUUCGGUGAUCGUUUCCCCCUUGUAUUCUUUGUGAAACAAUGUACAGAUAUCUAUGGUCAUGACUUUGACGCCGAUUAUCUCUUCAAUUCAAUAAAUAAGACAAAUAAAUUUUAUUUGGGACUGAAACCGAACACAACCAACGUCAUUUAUGUGCAUGGUUCUAUAGAUCCUUGGCAUGCAUUGGGACUAACCGAAUCUGAUGAUUCAUCAAAGCCAACAAUUUAUAUCGAAGGCACUGCUCAUUGUGCCAAUAUGUACGAGCCAAAGGAUACGGAUAUUCCACAACUCAAGCAGGCACGCGAUAAGAUUCGUGAAUUCUUGCACACGUUAAUUGCUGAUGAUAGCGAAUCAGAUAUUUAACAAAAAUUUGAAAUCUCACUGUAUAAAAACAAUCGUUUACCUAAUUUGUGAUGCCAAAUACUGUUCACUUUAUUCAGAAAUUGAAACGAAAAGACUAAAUCAUGUUUGCCUUUUUUUAUAAAUAAAUACACAAUUAAAAUGUUA